AUGCCCGACCUCGACUGCGCGCCGAUGGACCCAGCGUCGGCGCCGUACGAGGACGCGCUCGAAAGCAUCCCGCGCGAUGCAUGCGCCACGUUCGAGUACGCGUACAUGGGCCGCCUGGACGACGCCAUGGCGCCGGGCCUCGUCCUCGCCGCCUUCCCCGGUCGCCGCAAGUGGUCCCAGGAUGCCCGCGUCCUCGACGCUGUCCUUGCCAACCACCCGUCCGGCAUCCUACCAUCGACGUCUCUGCAGCAGGACAAUGGACGUGACCCGCCGCCGACGAUGUGGACGCUGGGCCUCGGCCGCACGUUGACGGACCACUUUGCGUGGGGUAGCAACAACGUCGUGGCCGUUCUCUCACACGUCGCGAUUCGCCGACCAGCGUCGGACGCAGCGCCGCUCGAGCCCUUGCUGCGUGACCGAAACAGCGCCGGGACGCUCCUCGUGUCGCUUCCGACGUACCUUGAAGGCGGUGCCCUUUCUGUGCACUUCAACGGAGCGAGAACCGUGUCGGACAACGACCACCGCGUCUGCAGCACGUACUCGGUCACGGUCGCGCACCGCGCCGCCACGCUCGCGAUGGCGCCGAUCAUGGCCGGUCACGCCGUCGUUGCUGUCUAUGAUCUCGUCGGUGACAGUGCCAUGUCCGCGUCUACCUCGCCCAUCUCACCAGGUGUGCUCGCCGCCAUCGCGAUGCUGACCACUAUCGCGACGGCGCCGCCGACCAAGUACCCUCUUCUCGGCUUUGGCAUCCGUCCUAGCUACACCUUUACGACGUUCGACGACCUCGGAAGCGGCAGCCAAGAGCGAGCGUUCGUCCAUGCUUUGGUCGCGACCGAGAUGUACGACGUGGCCAUGGUGCACUACCUGCCUGUCCCAGCCGACGACGACGACACGGGUCCCUUUGUGAUUGCACGCGCGGCGCUGCAUCCAAGUCUCGGCCUUCCGAGCAGCUGCGCACUGGCGUUGCGAGGGCGUCUCGUCCCCGCCUUUCUGUGCUCGGUCCGCGUCGAGGACCUGCGCCGAUCCCGCGACUACCGCAGCACAAGCCUCGUGUUCUGGCACAAGGUGCAUCGCCCGAUCGUGCUGGGGUUUGAAGCCGCGACGGACGCGCUGGCCACCACGCCUGAGAAGCCCAUGCGUCGCGACCUCGUCGAGGGCCUUCUCGAGCACUACGUCGAUGCAUGUGAUGCUAUGGCCGCAACCCGCGAGAUCAGCUGA